AGAAGAGCUACUGCAAUUGAUGUGCCUGGGGUUACCAAAUCAAAGACUUCACCAACUGGAGAAAUUGCAAGAACAGAAGCAGGCUCAAAGCUAGUGAUUGUUAUGGUUGGUUUACCAGCUAGAGGGAAAUCUUACAUUACAAAUAAGUUGACAAGAUAUUUAAAUUGGUUACAGCAUGAAUGCAGAGUUUUCAAUGUUGGUAAUACAAGAAGAAAAGACUCAAACCAUUACGGCCCCGCCAGGGAACCCUUGGAAGAUGAACAACAUCAACAGAAUGAAGAUAACGAGAGACAAAAAGCACAAGAAGCAAUGGCAGAAGCAGCAGCAACAGCAGCAGCAACUCAUAAUGAACACGAUGCUAGUUUUUUCAACCCUGAUAACGUGAAUUUCAAAAACAUUAGAGAAAAAUGGGCAAUGGAUACUUUAGAUCAAUUAUUAGAUUACCUUUUAGAUGGUCCUGGUUCUGUUGGUAUAUUUGACGCAACAAAUAGCACAAAGUCUAGAAGACAAAAAAUUAUGAAAAAAGUCCAUGAAAGAAAUAAAGAUAUAAAAAUCUUGUAUUUGGAAAGUAUAUGUUCUGAUAAAUCAAUUGUUCAUAAAAACAUAAGAUUAAAAUUAAGUGGUCCUGAUUAUAAAGAUAUGGAUCAAGAAUUGGCUUUGAAAGAUUUCACUGGAAGAUUGGCAAAUUACGAAAAAGCGUAUCAAACAAUUGACGAUGACGAAGGUUUACAGUACAUUAAAAUGAUUGAUGUUGGUAAAAAAGUUGUUGCUUAUAAUAUUCAUGGAUUUUUAGCUUCUCAAACUAUUUAUUAUUUAUUGAAUUUUAACUUGAAUGAAAGACAAAUUUGGAUUACAAGACAUGGUGAAAGUGAAGAUAAUGUUUCAGGAAAGAUCGGUGGUGAUGCCUCACUAACUGAAAGAGGUCAAAAAUUCUCAAAAACUUUAGCAAGAUUUAUUGAAUCUGAAAAGAAUAAAUUUCGUGAAGAUCAAGUGGAACAUUACACAGAAUUGGCUAGAAAAGGUGAAGUUACUGAAAUACCCGCAGAACCAAAUUUCCUUGUUUGGACAAGUAUGUUGAAAAGAGCUAUUGAAUCCUCAAAGUAUUUCCCUGAUGAUGAGUAUUACAUCAAAGAAAUUAGAAUGUUGAAUGAAUUAAGUGCUGGUAUUUGUGAAGGAAUGACUUAUGAACAAAUUCAAAAUAAAUAUCCUGAAGAAUUCAGUGCAAGAAUUAAAGAUAAAUUAAGAUAUAGAUAUCCUGGUAUUGGUGGUGAGUCUUAUCUAGAUGUUAUCAACAGAGUGAGACCAAUCAUCAAUGAGGUUGAAAGAACAACAGAUCAUGUCUUAUUAAUCACUCAUAGAGUUGUUGCUAGAGUAUUAUUGGGAUAUUUCAUGAAUUUGAAUAGGGAUGUAAUUACCAAUUUGGAUAUUCCAUUACAUUGUGUUUAUUUAUUAGAACCAAAACCUUAUGGUGUUGAAUGGUCAUUGUUUGAAUAUGAUGAAACAAAAGAUUGGUUUUUCAAAGUUCCAAAGGAAAACUUACAUAAUAAAAAGGUUAAAGAGGUUGGUGUUGCCUUUAGAGAAAGAAAAUACUCAGUUGUUCCAACAUUACCACCAAACUUGAAAGCU